CAAGACAAAUAUGGCGACGUGCAUCGGCAUGGUUGCCAGAGUUGGAGGUGCCGCACUGACUGUGUUGAAGCCGGUCGCAAGACAGUGUUCAAGGCAGAGGACAAACGUUUUUAUCCCGCACCGCUUCUCGCAUGGAGUCCGGAGCAGUUUGUACGAGCAUGUCCGUGAAGGCUACAGCGACAAGCCCGAGCUGGACAUGAGAGCGGUGUGUGAGGAGACCGACAAAGUCAUAGCUAAUGUGGAGAGCAGGAAGGGUGACCUGCGAGCGGACGAUGUCAACAAGAUUGUAUGUGUGUGGCAGGAGCUCCAGGCAGUGAGGACAGAAAUCUCUGAGCUGGAGCAGCAGAAGAGAGACAUCAGUGUCACAGUCAGAGCACUCGUGACCAAGAAUGACAAGAAAGCCCUCGCCAAUCUUCCAGAGUACACCCAGACUCUGCAGCGAGGUCGAGACAUUCGCAACAGGCUGAAUCAGCUCUACCCCAAAGAGACUGAGCUGGAUGAGGAGCACUACAGCCGGGCGCUCAGAUUACCCAACACCACACACCCUGACGUGCCAGUUGGAGAUGAGAGCCAGGCGAGGGUGGUGGAGCUGGUUGGAGAGAAACCAGAGUUUGACUUCGAGCCCAGAGGCCAUGUGGAGCUGGGGGAGGAGUUAGGUCUCAUCAGGCAGAGGCAUCUGUCCCACAUCUCAGGCCACAGGUCCUACUAUCUGAGGGGAGCGGGCGCUAGACUUCAGACCGCCCUCCAAAACUUCGCCCUCGACACACUGCAACGAAGGGGCUUCAUUCCCAUGGUUGUACCUGACAUGCUGAGGGGGGCAGUGUUUGAGGGUUGUGGGAUGCAGCCCAACGCCCAUCGCUCUCAGGUCUACUCACUGGACCCGGCUCGUUUCCCGGACCUCAGCCUGGCUGGGACCGGAGAGGUCGGGGUGGCAGGCUACUUCAUGGAUCAUGCAGUAAACUGGAGGGACCUGCCUGUCAGGACGGUGUGUAGCAGCACCUGCUACAGAGCAGAGACAGACACUGGCAGAGAGACAUGGGGCCUCUACAGAGUUCAUCACUUCAACAAGGUGGAAAUGUUUGGAGUGACAGCAGAUGAGACAGGAAAGGAGAGCUCUCAGCUGCUGGAGGAGUUUGUCUCUCUGCAGAAAGAGAUGUUCUCUGCACUGGAGUUACACUACAGAGUGCUGGACAUGCCGACUCAGGAGCUGGGUCCUCCUGCUCACAGGAAGUACGACAUUGAAGCCUGGAUGCCAGGCAGGAACAGCUAUGGAGAGAUUUCCAGUGGUUCCAACUGUACAGACUACCAGAGCAGACGCCUCAACAUCCUAUAUGAGAAAGAGGACGGCAGCCUGCAGUACGCCCACACAGUGAACGCUACAGCAUGUGCCAUCCCCCGGACCAUCAUCGCUAUCUUAGAAACUCACCAGACCAAAGAGGGAACGGUGCGUGUCCCCCGAGCCCUGCAGCCUUACUUGGGUCAGGAAGUGCUCGAGAAGCCAAAGUACACGCCGCUGAAAUACAUCGGACCCAACCAGCACAAUCGCCCACCCAGGCCUUCUCCUAAGACCAGAUGACACUAAUACAAGCGUCAGCAGCAGAAAACCUGAGGUGGGAGUCAGUUCACGUCCAACAUCGCAAAGUCAGACAGGAAGGUUGAUAUUUAACAACGACGCUGUUAAUGAUCGCUGUUGUGCUUCAAAUGAAAUGAAACACAGGCUGACUUUUUGAGUUGAGUGUGAAAUGAGUCCAUCAGGAUCAGUUUACUGUCAGUGUAAAUAUAUUUAUGUCUUAUUUGCCUGAACGUGUGGUAGAAGAACCACAGUAUGAAAAACCAGUAAAAAAAAUAAGUGUUCAA